CAGCCGCCGUAGCCAAGCCGGAAGUGUAGCAGAGCCACGUUUAUCAUCAAACCUGGCUCGAAUCAAGACGUUUGGGAUGGCUGACGACGCGAGUCUGGUGGCCCCGCUUUGCUCGGAGCAGUUCGGCUCCGGGGCAGCACGGCGGUGCCACGCCGCCGCCGACGGGAGCCUGCAGUGGGAGACCCGGGGGUGGCGCUGGUGGGGGUUCUCUGGGGCCUUCACGGUGAAACCCGAAGGACGAGAUGAGGGCGGCGUGGGGGCUCCCGGAGCCGCCUCACCACCUCUCUCAGGUCUCCAGGCGGUGUUCCUGCCGCAGGGCUUCCCGGAUAGCGUCAGCCCAGACUAUCUGCCUUACCAGCUGUGGGAUUCCGUGCAGGCCUUUGCUUCCAGUCUCUCGGGCUCCCUGGCCACCCAAGCAGUCUUGUUGGGCAUAGGAGUGGGGAAUGCAAAAGCCUCUGUUUCAGCUGCCACUGCCACCUGGCUUGUGAAAGAUUCAACUGGCAUGCUGGGACGCAUUGUCUUUGCCUGGUGGAAGGGGAACAAACUGGACUGUAACGCCAAGCAGUGGAGGCUUUUUGCUGACAUCCUCAAUGAUGUAGCCAUGUUCCUCGAGAUUAUGGCUCCCCUGUACCCCAUCUGUUUCACCAUGACUGUGUGCACCAGCAACCUGGCCAAGUGCAUUGUGAGCGUGGCUGGUGGGGCCACCCGGGCUGCACUGACCAUGCACCAGGCCCGGAGAAACAACAUGGCUGAUGUGUCAGCCAAGGACAGCAGCCAGGAGACACUGGUGAACCUGGCAGGGCUUCUGGUCAGCCUCUUGAUACUUCCCCUGGUGUCAGAUUGCCCUAGCUUCAGCCUUGGAUGUUUCUUCUUCCUCACUGCCCUCCACAUCUAUGCCAACUACCGGGCCGUCCGAGCCAUUGUCAUGGAGACAUUGAAUGAAGGCCGGCUUCGGCUGGUCCUGAAGCACUUCCUUCAGAGGGGAGAGGUACUUGGCCCCACCUCAGCCAAUAAGAUGGAGCCAUUGUGGACAGGUUUCCGGCUCUCUCCAUCUCUAUCCCUAGGGGUCCCCCUACACCACUUGAUCUCCAGUGUCUUUGACCUGCAGCAGCUGGUUGAGGGGCACCAAGAACCCUACCUCCUUUGCUGGGACCAGUCACGAAACCAAGUACAGGUAGUCCUGAGUCAGAUGGCAGCCUCUGAGACCAUCUUAAGAGCUGCCACGCAUGGGCUGGUACUUGGAGCCCUACGGGGAGAUGGACCCCUUCCAAGAGAGCUGGAAGAAUUGAGGAACCAGAUGCGAGCAGGUCCUGAGAAAGACAGCUGGGUCAUCAUCAGAGAGGUUCACCAAGUGCUGGACACAUUUUUUCCAAAGUUCUUGAAAGGACUGCAGGAUGCUGGCUGGAAAACCGAGACGCACCAGCUAGAGGUGGAUGAAUGGAGGGCCACGUGGCCUCUUUCUACAAAAAAGAAGGUUUUGUGAGCAGCCCUGAUGGAGGCCCAGGGCUCAGAACAGGAACCU